AAGAAGAAGUGGAGAAGGAGAAAGAGAAGAAGAAGAGAAUUGAAGGGAAUCUUAAAUCGACUUGAGGUGGUGGGGAUUGGGUUUCGAUUUGUUUAAUGCAAAUUUUGUAUUCGUGUUUUCCGAUUCAACUCGGAUUUGAAAAUGCUGAAACCCUAGGUCUUUUCUGCUAUUAACUGGGAAUUGGGUUUAUAUUGUUUCUGCAUUCAUGGAAACGGACUUGGAGUAAAGAGGGAGGUUGUUAAUGGUAUGCUCUGAAAAGAAGUCAUGGAGCAUCCUUUGGAGAAACGAUUUCCAGUCAAUGCGAAUGAUUAUAAGUUAUAUGAAGAAGUUGGAGAAGGUGUCAGCGCCACUGUGCACAGAGCUUUAUGCGUUCCACUUAAUGAAAUUGUUGCAAUCAAGGUUCUUGAUUUGGAAAGGUGCAAUAAUGACCUGGAUGGCAUUCGAAGAGAGGUCCAGACCAUGAGUUUGAUUGAUCACCCAAAUUUACUACGUGCACAUUGUUCAUUUGCUAGCGGUCACAACCUUUGGGUUGUGAUGCCAUACAUGGCUGGGGGUUCCUGCCUGCAUAUAAUAAAAUCUUCUUAUCCCGAAGGUUUUGAAGAGCCUGUCAUUGCUACUUUGUUGCGUGAAGUUCUUAAAGCUCUUGUUUAUCUUCACGCUCAUGGGCACAUUCACAGAGAUGUUAAGGCUGGGAAUAUCCUAAUUGAUUCUAAUGGUACUGUCAAGUUGGCAGACUUUGGAGUAUCAGCAUGCAUGUUUGAUACUGGAGACAGACAGCGUUCCAGAAAUACUUUUGUUGGAACUCCUUGCUGGAUGGCUCCAGAAGUUAUGCAGCAAUUGCAUGGUUAUGACUUCAAAGCAGACAUCUGGUCUUUUGGAAUAACAGCUCUUGAACUGGCUCAUGGCCAUGCCCCAUUUUCCAAGUAUCCACCGAUGAAAGUUUUGUUGAUGACCUUGCAAAAUGCUCCUCCAGGUCUAGACUAUGAAAGGGACAAGAGGUUCUCAAAGUCUUUCAAGGAGUUGGUAGCUGCUUGCUUGGUGAAGGACCCAAAGAAACGUCCAACUUCAGAGAAGCUUCUGAAGCACCAUUUCUUUAAGCAUGCACGCUCAUAUGAUUAUCUACCUCGUACCAUUCUUGAUGGCCUUCCUCCAUUAGGUGAACGUUUUAGGGUGCUAAAGACAAAAGAAGCUGAUCUUCUUGUACAGAAUAAAGCUCUCUAUGAGGACAAGGAGCAAUUAUCACAGCAAGAGUAUAUAAAAGGGAUCAGUGCUUGGAAUUUCAACCUAGAGGACUUAAAAAGUCAGGCUGCACUUAUUCAAGAUUAUGAUGAUGCACCAAAUGCAGAAGCUCAAGAUGGGAGCAGAAAACAAAGGGAACAUAAUGAUGUCAUUGGAUUAUCAGUUGAGAAGACGUCUUCUGAAACUACUAAUUCCAUUGCUGCAAGCAGCCAGGAGGAUGGGCUUAAUGAUCUUCAUGAUUUGGAGAGUUCACUUGCUUCAUUUCCUAUUAAGCCACUUCAGGCACUCAAAGGCUGUUUUGACAUUGGUGAAGGUGAGGGUGCAAAUGGUCCAAAUUGGAAAGGUGUAACGCCAUUGGAAAGUGAUACAAAGUCAUCAAGACCCAUGGACCAAGAUGCUGGAAGACAUGAGGGUGAGAAUUCUGGGCAAAGUGGCUCUUUCACACGUCAGGUUAUUCCAGAGCUUAAAAAGUACUUGAGCGGUUCACUAAUACCUGAUAGUGCCUUUUCUCCUAACAAGGUUACUGGAGAUGGGGACAGGGACUUCCCGCAGCCUAAAUUUCCAUUUGAAUGCAACUACAGUCCAUUGUACCACCAGAGGAGAGAAGCAAAUAACACUUCAUCUGAGGAUGCUUCAGAUGGAGCAGUUGUUCAGCGGGGACGAUUUAAGGUGAUUUCUGCUGAUCUCAGUACCAAGGGACCUACUAGCUGCACGUUUAACCCGGCCACUGGAGGUUCAGCCUGUCCAACAUCUCCAAACCUUAGAGCAAGUGCAGUUCUCCCAUCUCUACAAGGCAUUUUGCAACAUAACACCAUGCAAAGGGAAGAAAUCAUUAGACUGAUCAAGUAUUUGGAGCAAAAUUCUGGUAAGCUUGUGGACUUGUCAGAGGUAGGUACCAAUGACCUUUUGCAGAUACCGCCUUCUUCUGCAAGGGAAAGAGAGCUGCAAUCUCAGGUGCUUCAUCUGCAACAGAGUAUUGGGAAUCUGGUUGAGGAAUUGCAGAGACAGAAAAUGAAGAACAUGCAGUUAGAGAAACAGUUAAAUAAAGCAUUGGCCAACAAAGUGAAGGGUUUGAAACAAACAGAAAAAAAUUGAAAAGCUUGGUGGUGAUGUUGAUCGAACAGCCUCUGAUUAUGUUUCGAUGUCAGUACUUUAGGGUUCAUAAAGGUUCCUAAAAGUUGUUUGAGAUGAGGUAUACGACUAAGAGUGCCUUUUAUUAUUGUAUUAUUUUCGAGUGUACCAUAUAUUAUAAUAUACCUUUACUAUCAUAUAUUAUGUAGCAUAAAUAAAUGGCCGUGUGUUAAAAAGCCCUGUGACAGGACGCCCCAAUUUUGUGACGCCAUAAUGCUCGAGUUGAGGUUGAGUCUCAUGUAAUGUAACUUUGUUGUAAUUUACCCACACCCACAGCCACAGGAUAUUGUAAUAUAAUUACAAUCUCUUUCCGUUUCUCA